CACUCCCAUCUCUUUCAGGGCACUGUCGCUGGUGAAUGUAAAACGUACAGUCCCGUAUGUAAUACGUAUUUUAAUUUUGGGGACAAGGACCAUUUGAUUGGUUCAUCGGGCUUAAGUAGUUUCCGAAUUUCAAGCCAGUCACUGGUCUAUUACCUGACGUGUAGAUCACUUGGGUAUUUUCGUGAGGCGCCAGUGCUGAGAAAGAACCUCAGUCUACCAGGCGUGGAACCUGCAAAGCCACAGCGGAACCUCAGUCUACCAGGCGUGGAACCUACAGAGCCAGAACAAAACCUUCCAGGCGUGAGGCCUAAGCAACCGAAAGACCAAGACCAGUGUACCGCCCAGACCAUUGGGCUCGUGGUCGUAGGGACGGCGCUACUGCUCGCAUUGGCCUUCGUCUGCGUCGCCGGUUGGAGAACGAGGCAGGCAGCGGUGUCAGUGAAAGGCGGCGCAGCAUCUGGAAACAGCACAGUUUCCUGCCACGACAGCGAGAACAGCAUUUACGGGAUGACGGAAAUCGUUCCUACCAACACCUGAAAUUGUGACCUGCAAUUACAGAUCUUUGACUUGGGUUUCAGUCCAGUAGCUAGGAAAUGGCACUAACUCGCUUUACAAUCGCAUGGUUUUAGGUUCGCAUACUGGGGUCAAAGUCGGGGCGUUGGUCACUCUACCGCAUCAUCCUGUUGCUUAGUAAUCCUAUUCCCCUGCGAACAAGGCCCGUACAUCCACUUGGUUAUGGGACCAUCUUCGACUUUAAGCUAAAUGAUAAUUGAGUUCAUUACAAUUGUUACAAUGGUUAUUCUUGGUGUGGCAGGUCGUUUGUUUAAUUUUGCUUCUAAAUAACCUCCUGUGUGUUAGGUUCUAAAAUAUUUGACUCUGUUUAACUGUAAAUAAUGUAAUGCUAUUUUAAACUGUGUUAAUGUAUAAUGGGAGUCAUCGACUAGAGAAAGGGAAGUAGAAAGAGCGAG